AUGAUGGACCGCAGCAAUGAAACCUCUCAAAAAAACUUUGGACGAAAGGUGUACGAGAGAAAACAGCAAACGCUACUUCGAAAAGGGAUAGCAAUGAAUAAUAAAGCAAUCGCUGAUCUCUCACAUGGUUCCAGACAGCAAGCACCAUACGAGGUCCUGAUGAAAGGCUUCCAUCUAAUACGUAGAGUUGCAAGUAAGAAACUCUGCGGUAGAGCAGCAUGUGACAAGGUCAACGUUUGCCACGGUACUUUUUCAUUCAACUUUGCAAAUGUCGAGUCCUUCCGCCAUGGCUACAUAUACAACAGACUGCUGUCUAUUGAUGCAGAGCAGCUCCCAUCGAACUCGAAGAUUGCCGCUGAUCUAUGCCUGUCUAUUACCGUUCUCAAUUUGGCAUUGAUUAAUCACAACCAGAGCUUGACCAUCAUGAACAGCAAUAAUAAAUAUGCCAGCUUGGCCAAUGACCUAUACAAUCAUGCGAUAAGUGCUCUUGGCCACAUGGAAAACAGAGGGACGGCAGCACUUGUCAGGAUAGCAGCAUUGAACAACUUGAUGCAACUGAGAUGCAGGGUAGGAAAUCAUUCCCUUGCAAUGGAGACUUUGCAACAUCUUGGUCAGAUCAUGGCGGCUGGUUCAUUGGACAGAGAACAACGAAAAAGAAUAGCAAUCGACGAAGAAGCUAAAAGGGGAAUAAUCUUGAAUAUUUUGUCCCUCGGCAAUCAGAAUGUCGCAGCAGCGGCUUAA